AUGGCCCCGUUUGAGAUGCUAUAUGGUAGAAAAUGUAGAACCCCGAUGUGUUGGGGUGAAGUAGGUCCGCGUGAAUUGGCCCAUAAAGAUGUAGUCCAAGCCACUAAUGAGAAAAUUGAUGUGGUACGAGCUCAUUUGAAGGCGACCCAAGACAAACAAAAGUCUUAUGCCGAUAAAAGACGGAAACCGAUUGAAUUUCAGGUGGGUGACAUGGUUAUGUUAAAGGUUUCCCCAUGGAAAGGCGUUAUCCGAUUCAGAAAAAGAGGGAAACUAAGCCCGAGGUUUAUCGGGCCAUUUAAAAUCAUCGAACGGGUUGGCAAGGUAGCAUAUCGCCUUGAAUUACCAGACGAAUUGAGCGAAAUCCAUGGCACGUUUCAUGUGUCACAACUCCGAAAGUGCUUAGCUGAGGAAACGACUUAUAUCCACUACGGUGAUAUCGAGGUGGACAACAACCUUAACUAUGCGGUAAGGCCAAUUGGGAUUCUAGAUCGAAAGGUUAAAGAUUUGCGGAAUAAGAAAAUUAAUCAAGUGAAGAUCAAGUGGGAACACAGAAAAGGGUCGGAUACUACAUGUGUUGGUGCACUGAUAUCAGGGCACGGAAAUCAUGAAAACAGUGUGUUUGGGUAA